AUGAAAUGCAACAUAAUUUCAAGCGAAUUUUGUCGCGGGCGAUUCAGCCAACGUCGAAAACUGACAUCCAAACUCCUAUCGUCACUUCGUAGGAUUUGGCGGGCAAGCAUUUUGAUGGGUGAACAACAGCCAGGUCCCGCAUCUGUCCCCAAAAGUGGUGAAUUCGUAGUCGUAAAGGAAGGAAAAGCGAAGAUUGGAUUCCAUGGUCCUGUUUUCUACAAUCCUGUGCAAGAGUUCAAUAGGGAUCUGACAGUGUCAGUUCUGCGGCAGUUUGUACGAUUACGCAGAGAAGCUCAUUCUAAUGGAGCGGGAGAUGGUGAAGGAGAGCCGAACGCGAAGAAAAUGAAGAUCAAGGAAACGAGCUUACAAAGCGGUCCCAUCAGAAUACUGGACGCUUUAUCUGCUAGUGGACUACGCGCUUUGCGGUUUUCUCAGGAGGUUGAUGACGUCGAUUUUGUCUUGGCCAACGAUUUUUCCGAGAAUGCUGUACAGUCCAUCGAAGAGAAUAUCGCACUUAACGGAGUGGAAGGCAAAGUUCGCGCCAACUUUGGUGAUGCAGUCGUUACAAUGAUGCAACAUCGUAAUAUUGAUAAACGGUUUCAUGCUGUCGACUUGGAUCCGUAUGGAUCUGCUUCCGUCUUCCUGGAUUCGGCAGUACAGUGCGUAGCAGAUGACGGCAUCCUCAUGGUCACUUGUACCGAUAUGGCUGUGCUUUGCGGUAAUACCCCAGAAACAUGUUAUAAUAAGUACGGUUCGACUACGGUACGAUUGAAAUGCUGUCAUGAAAUGGCGCUUCGAAUACUUUUGCGCUCUAUAGAUUCUCAUGCUAAUCGCUACUCGCGUUAUAUCGAACCGCUUCUAUCUAUCAGCGUAGAUUUCUACGUUAGAGUGUUUGUGCGACUCCAUACCGGUGCCAGGUUGACGAAAGAAUCUGGAACUAAGGUCGGGAACGUUAUCGCAUGCUCUGGAUGCCAUUCAAUGGAGGUGCUGCCAGUGUUGAGGAAGGUGGAAGAUGGGAAGAGUUUGAAGUAUUGCGCGAGUAUCUUUCGGCAAACUAUGAUGGGAGCAGACAACAGAUGCACUCAUUGCGGUCACUCCGUUCAUCAUGUGGGCCCCAUAUACAUUGGUCCUAUACACAACCGACGAUUUGUGGAAGGAAUCCUAGCUAGUCUCAAAGAAACUUCCGAGGAAGAGAGGCUGGGCACCCAUAAUCGUCUCUUGGGUGUUCUCACAAAUGUGGCUGAGGAGCUUGAGGUGCCACUGUAUUACGAGCAUGAUCAACUUUUCAACGUAGUCAAAUGCUCCGUGCCCAAAGCAGUGAGCGUGAAAUCGGCCAUUCUCAAUGCCGGAUACGAGGUAUCGGGAUCUCACUGCAAUCCUCGCGCGCUGAAGACCAAUGCUCCAACGCAGUUUUUAUGGGAUAUCUGUCGCUUUGCGGCGAAGGAAGCAAAUGUAACCGCCGAACGACACGAUGUGAAGGCUCCUGGUCGUAAAAUCCUAAGUGAUCCCAUUAGGAAUGAGAUUGAUUUCAAACUCCAUCCGCUAGCUACGCAACAAACCAAAAAUGAUCAGAUGGUUCGCUUCCAGUGUAAUAAGGGUAGGAACUGGGGACCAAAAUCAAAAGCGAAAGGCUCGAUAAACUCUACGCAAGCAGGAUUCUAUUCUAAAGGGGACGAGAAUGUCUGAUAAAAUCUGUCAAAGUUAUGAUAAUACAUUUGUUACGUUGUACAAUCGCUGUUGUCUGUUGAUAAACUUUAUAUUGUUUGUUCAUGCAAUCCGCUCUGAAUUUUGGUAGACAUCUCCAGGGUUUUGUUUUGAGGAAUCCGAUACCAUUUAAUUUAGCUCGACGCCGCGC